UUCCUAUUUGUAUCUGUAUUUGUAAAGGAGCAAAACCGGGCCUAUAGAUAGUCUCCAGGAAUAUUAUGGGAACAUUACGCCGAUUCCAUCGUAAAUAACAAACCCUGAUGACCGUAAACACGCAGUGGCCCGGAGUGUUGCGCUCCCCUGCCUCCGCAGCGUGAGGAGGAUAUAUUUAGGCAGAAACAAAGGACAUUUCUGUGUCUCCGCGGCGGCGAGGGGAAAACAUCAUUUGGGGAUUUCGGCUUGAAACGAACACAGUCAAAAGACAACUGUAAUUAUUCCUCCGUGCCAACAAGCAGCUACACAUUAACUUCAGACGGCAGAGGUCCCAUGACUGGAGAGGCGUGCACCGAGAGCCGCUCGUAUAUAAAGCAGCGUCCAGCACCGGUCUGUCAACCAUCACACACAGUGCUGGACUCUGACACACACACUCACACACACACACACGCUGACAUCCUCUCAGUGAGCUGACACAGGCUGAUCUCCCCCCUCACGCAGCGCCGGAUCCGAACCCUCCACGUCGCCCUCACCUUGUGUAUCAUCGCUGUCACAAUGGGUGUCUCUCCUGUUUCUGAACCCUGUUUUAUGGUGAAGCCUACAGAUGAACUCUGCACACCAAGCUUGCAAAACAUUCUGACUUCUUCACAGUUGCACCUUUAGAACUGAGCCAAGAGGUUCUUUUAUCCAUUGUGUUGUAGGAAUUUAUUUAUCAAACUACCGUAUAUUACCUCAUAGGUCGCUGUCAGACCACAAUAAAUUAGCUUGGUUUGAUUGUUCUCAUUAAAUGAUGAUGGAUACAAGUACUCUAGCGAGCCUGGCUGCCGUCACCACCAUGGCUGUGGCCGCUCAGUCUGACCUGUCAGGCUACACAUGGCUGCUGGUGUUAGGCUUCGUCAUCGCCUUCAUCCUGGCCUUCUCUGUGGGAGCCAACGACGUGGCCAACUCCUUUGGUACCGCAGUGGGCUCUGGAGUGGUCACCUUGCGCCAGGCCUGCAUCCUGGCCACUAUCUUUGAGACGGUGGGCUCGGUGCUGCUGGGGGCCAAAGUCAGCGAGACCAUCCGACAGGGGAUCAUUGACGUCCGGAUGUACAACGGCUCCGAACACGUCCUGAUGGCAGGCUCCAUAAGUGCAAUGUUUGGCUCUGCUGUGUGGCAGCUGGCUGCCUCAUUCCUGAAGCUCCCCAUCUCUGGAACCCACUGCAUUGUUGGAGCCACAAUUGGAUUCUCCAUGGUAGCCAGGGGUCACCAAGGGGUCAAAUGGAUUGAGAUACUGCGCAUCGUGGCCUCCUGGUUCCUGUCACCUGUGCUGUCAGGCAUCAUGUCAGGAGUCCUCUUCUACUUUGUCCGCAAAUUCAUUCUGAAUAAGGAUGACCCCGUCCCCAACGGCCUCAGAGCUCUCCCUGUCUUCUAUGCCAUCACUAUGGGCAUCAACCUCUUCUCCAUCAUGUUUACAGGAGCACCACUGCUGGGCUUUGACAGAGUGCCGUGGUGGGGUACACUGUGCAUUUCCCUGGGCUGUGCCCUCGUCACAGCGUUGUUCGUUUGGUUCGUUGUCUGCCCACGCCUCAGGAAGAAAAUCAAACGAGACACAGCUCCUGCUCCGUGUGAAACUCCGCUAAUGGAGAAGAACACCAGCAAACCUCCGCCAGCAGAACAGCUCCCACCUCCGAACCCUCAACCCCAGCCUCGUCCAGCAGAAAGUGAGAAGGUGGCUUUCAAACUCGGAGGCUCAGAGGAAGCUGAUUUGGACAACAAUGACAUGGAAACCAAAGACUUGGAUACAGGGAAUGGUCUAAACGGCACUGUUGGCCCUAUGAUGAUCACCGAUCCCCACAGUGGUCGCUCCCACACCAUCCACAAAGACUCUGGCCUUUACAAAGAUCUUCUACACAAGCUUCACAUGGCGAAGGUCGGUGACUGCAUUGGUGACACUGAUACAGAGGAGAGACCCAUCAGGAGGAACAACAGCUACACCUCCUACACCAUGGCCAUUUAUGGUAUCCAAGGAGAUCCUAAAUACAAAGACCUGGAAGUCGGGCUGCAGAGAAGAUCGAGGGUGGACAGCUACAGCAGCUACAACUCAGCCGUGUCCACCGGGAGCACAGUCCAGGACGGGAGUGUGACUCAGGAAGCUGGCCCAGACCCCACUCCGGAGGAGGACGAGCUGGAAGUCGACCAACCUGCCGUUUCCUCGCUUUUCCAGUUCCUGCAGAUCCUCACGGCGUGCUUUGGUUCCUUCGCUCACGGAGGGAACGAUGUCAGCAAUGCGAUUGGUCCGCUGGUGGCUCUGUGGCUUCUGUAUGAGAGCGGCUCUGUGGUGUCCAACUCACCAACGCCCAUUUGGUUGCUUCUUUAUGGUGGAGUGGGCAUCUGUGCCGGACUCUGGGUCUGGGGACGAAGAGUGAUCCAGACCAUGGGCAAAGACCUUACACCCAUUACACCCUCCAGUGGAUUCAGCAUUGAGCUAGCCUCGGCACUCACAGUUGUUGUGGCGUCCAAUAUUGGUCUUCCUGUCAGCACCACCCACUGCAAGGUGGGCUCUGUGGUGGCUGUAGGCUGGCUGCGCUCCAGGAAGUCAGUUGACUGGCGUCUGUUCAGGAACAUCUUCAUCGCCUGGUUUGUCACAGUUCCUAUCUCCGGGCUGAUCAGUGCUGCCAUCAUGGCUCUCUUCAUAUAUGUUGUUCUGUGAGCUGUAAUGUUACUUCACCCGACGGACGGCUACCAGCAGUUCUUGUUUGACCCACAGAUAAAUUGGUUCCAUAUGGUCUCUUCUCAAUGAUGUUUAUGAUAUCAUUCACGGCCAUUUAAGGCCGAGCCAUAGAUUACCCCCGAAUGAUGCAGGAUCUGGUAACAUCAGAAGUCUGUGACCCUGUAUAUCACUACUGUAUGUAUAUUUGUAUAAAAGCUAUGUUGUAAAAUCAAAGCAGUUUUGAUUUAAAAAGCACAAAUAACAGUUAUAUUCUUUUACGUAUUCAGAUGGACUUGAACAAGGAAUUGCUUGAUUUUUAAAGGAUUUCAAUGUAUUUUACUCACUAUUAAACAUUUUCCACUAAUU